CUGCAGUCUCUUUGAACUGUUUGAAGAAAAACUGCGUGUUCACUAUCAGACGCGUGUUGUUAACUUGAUCACUAAACCUCUUGGACGUUUUUAGUUCCAUUAAUUUCCAUCACUGGGCAUUGAAACAAUAAAUACAACUUGCGAGUGCAAACCAAUCUAUUGUUCGCAAACAAACCGAAGCCGAUAGCAUUUAAUUAGAUUGAUUGUAGCAGAGAAUUGAGUUGCAUAUUUUUAGGGCCACAGGGUAUGUCUGCUGUGUUUUCACAGUACCUAGUUGAAAUAUGAAUUUCUACAAUCACUAUGAGCACGCCAGAUAAAGUAUUUAUUUUGCUAAAACCUGUGUUGAAUGACGACAGAAUACUUAACGAAAAUUGUUGUUAAACGUGUCGUCGCCUGUACGCUAGUGCUACUGUUAUUGUUAUUAAAAAUAUGUUUGUUGAAAUAAAAACUGGCAUGGAAAAAAUGUUGAAAUUCUAUAUCAAACAGUCUACUGUGUAAAAUCGAGUGAAACCUAUGUGGCUUUGCCUAAUAGUUAACAUGAAUCAACAUCGCAACUAGCGGAAAAUGACGCGAACUUUAAUACCUCCGGAUGGAGGCUAUGGAUGGGUCAUAGUCUUUGCCGGUGUUCUGAACAAUUUUCUAAUGGUUCCUCUCAUCCAAAACGUAGUGCUGAUAUUCAAAGACAAAAUGCUGGAGAUUGACAUGACCGUCACACAAAUGUGGUUCGCCUUGAAUGUGCACACCUCAUUCAUCUACAUCACUCACUUACUCAAUAAUCUGCUACUCACAAGAUUCGGCUAUCGCAAGGUCACUUUAGCAGGAGUGAGUUUCGUGUUCUGCGGACUCAGCAUGAGUUCGUGGAUACACAAUUAUUUGGGAUUCAUGCUUACUUUUGGAUUCGUUACUGGGAUUGGAGUUGGUCUAAACGCAUCCUCCUGCAGCUUGGCAAUCAAAUCCUACUUCACAACCAAUCAGAACAAAGCAAUCGGCCUCUCGAUGACUUUAACUGCUUUAGGCCCCAUCCUGAUGCCCCAAAUCAUCAGCGCCCUGAUCCAAAACUACCACCCAGAUGGGGUCAUUUUGAUAUUGGCAGGUAUUAUCGCUCAUGGGUACAUUGGAGCCGUCCUCCUUCAACCCGUAAAGAAUCACUUGGUAGUUGAAACGAAAGAAGAAGAAACCGUUGAGGAACUGGUCAAAGACGCUAAAGAUCAAGAUGAUCUGGAAAAUGAGGCUUUGGAUGAAGUCAUGUCUGAUCCGGGAUUUAGGCCGUAUCCACACUUUCAACCCAGAGAAUUCAUAACGAACAGACGAUUUCUGGCUUUCAGACGAAAAGACUCGAUUAUUUCCAUUAGCUAUGAGCAGGAGCACGCGGCGAUAAUCGGGCUGGAUUCCACGCUUGGAGGCAGCCUCUAUUCCUUGGAAGCAGCGGCUCAAAGAAGAGGCUCGACGUUGCCAUCUCAGCCAAAAGUUCUCACCAAAACCACUUGGUGGAAAAGUGAGGAGAGCAUCAACCUGGAGAGUUGCUAUGAUAUUUUCGAGGAAAAUGAAUCAUUGGAGACCAUCGAGUUGAAUGAACAGACAAAUAACAGUGAUAAAAUGAACAGUAAAUCUAAUGGCAACUGCAAGUCUUUGGGCAAGGAUUUUCAGUUUGAGGAGCAUAAAAUCUACAAAGAUCCUAAUUUCGAUAUAAACAGCCUACCCUGGUACAAGAGAUACUUGUAUCGGGUGGUUGGUCUGCUGGGAUUGGACAUUUGCCUGAAUUUACGAUACGUGAAUAUCUUGAUAGGUCUUUCCUUGGUUGUUCUAGUGGAGAUGAAUUUCGUGGUUCUACUGCCAUUCCUGUUAUUCGAAUACUCGUUAACCAUAUCGGAAAUCGCUGCUUUUCUUUCAGUCUUAGGAGCGGCGGAUAUUGUUUUUCGGUUUCUAGCGCCCCAUGUUGGGGACUGUUUGAAGCAGCCUGCCCGCGUAAUGAUCAUAUUGGUUUUGGGCGUUAUUAUUGCUGCCAGACUUGCCCUAAUUUAUAUCAGUCACUACCCAACAAUACUGAUCAUAGCACUGAUUCUGGGCUGUUCCAAGGGCUUGAGAGUUGUCUACAUGUCGCUGAUUAUUCCCAGCUACGUUCCAGAGCAGCAUCUUGCUUCCGCUUUGGUCAUUCAAAUCGUUUUGAAUAGUUUAAUGUCGCUAUUGGGCGGAUAUGCCAUUGGAAUCACCAGAACCACCACCGGUAGUUACAUUUACUGCGUUAUUCUGCUGGAUUCUUUGACUGCUCUCACCAUUGUCAUGUGGAGUGCAGACAUUUUGAUUAAAAAGUGCAGCCGAAAGAAGAGCAAACCGAGCAAUGUGAGCACAGCAAGAGCAGAAGAAGUUUAUUAAUUUGUUUAUUUAAAUUUUUGAAUAGAUGUUUUUGUUUGGCGA